GUUUCGUACGUCACCACUCGAACAGGAAGUGGACUGAAAGAAGCAAUAACAAACAAACUUAGCAGUUAGCACAAUUGAGUUAGCAAGCUAAAGCGAGGUGAAGAAAGUUGUCGUUUGUUUUGCCAUUCUUGUUUUGCAUCAACUAAAUAAUAGUAGUUUGUGUUUUUUCCGAAUGUUGAUAAAACGAUGUACGUAGACUUCCACAAACGUCGACAAAUGAACUAAAUUGUUAUCUAACAUUGACUAAUACUAGCUAAACGUCAGCUAACCUCCUUGGCUUAAUCCUCCUCGUUGGGUUUUUGUGAGAGAUUUUCUCAGAAAACGCUUUGACGUUUUAUAGGUAAAACUAAAGGAGUUUAAUGUGAAAAAUUAUUUCCAGCCGUGAGGAUUUUGACCACCAACGGAGCACUAAAAUUCUACGUUUAGUGCAACUAGAAGAAACCAAGCAUGGUCCACCUCGGUGUGUGGUGCUUUGGGACUCAUCUGAGCGCCCUUACACUGAUACUCUGCACCGUGCUGGUACCAUCACCAACACAUGCUUAUAUAUAUGUAAAUUAUAAAAAUAUGAGCUCCAUGUUGUUUGAAGACCUGCCUGCUUUGUUUGGAGCGCCGCUUCCUGCUGGUGGCUUAACGGGCCUUUUGGUGUCAUCCCAACCAGCUAAUGGCUGUGCACCAAUGAACCCUCCUCCUCCCUUGCCGUCCUCCCUUGAUGCCAACACUACUAAGUUUGUCGCUCUCAUCAAACGCUAUGAUUGCAAUUUUGAUAUAAAGGUUUUACAUGCACAACAAGCUGGAUACAGUGCUGCAAUUAUUCACAACAUGUAUUCAAAUACUCUGCUCAACAUGAACUACAGCAACGACACUAUUGCAGAGCAGAUCGAUAUCCCCUCUGUGUUUACCAGCUAUUAUGCUUCAGAAAACCUCCGGACGUACCUGUUUCCAGAGCACGUGGUGUUUGUGACCCUUAAGCCAGAAUUCGCCUUCCCUCUAUCAUACUACCUCAUUCCCUUCACGGGGGUAGUUGGCAUGAUCAUUAUUGUCAUGUGUGUGAUCCUGGUUAUACGAUGUGUGCAGUACAGAAAACGGAUGAGGAAAAACCGUUUGACAAAGGAACAACUGAAACGCAUUCCAACACACAGGUUCACUAAAGGGGAUGACUAUGAUGUCUGUGCCAUCUGUCUGGAUGAAUAUGAAGAAGGAGAUAAGCUGAGAGUUCUGCCUUGCUCCCAUGCUUACCACUGCAAGUGUGUGGACCCGUGGCUCACACAGACCAAGAAGACGUGUCCGGUGUGCAAACAGCGGGUCACCCGCAACAACCCAGAGCACUCCGAGUCCGACUCCGAGGAGGAAACCAGAGGACGCGGCGAAGAAGACGGUGAUGCAGACUCUGAGCGCACCCCUCUCCUUCGACCUUCCAACCCCGGAUCGCCAUCGGGUAGCCCGGGGGCGUACGCCGCCACCACUACCACCGCCCAGUGCCUCGGCUCCCCCGCACACCGCGACUCGCCUAUCUUUGGCUGUGAAGGUUACUACUCCCCAGAGGAGGACACAGACUCAGAGAGCGAUGCAGACGGGGAGCUCCUCCACACUGAUGAUGACACCGCUGAGCUAAUUGGUAGGAAUCGAGUGGAGAUAUAAAGGCCUGGAAAUAACCAGAUGACAGAGUUGGUUGGUUGGUUUGUGGUCAGCCAGACUUUUAAGAUAAACUUUUACAUAUGUUGACUGUAGAAGAAUCUUUUACACAAUAAUGUUAGGUCCACAUAAGUGUCAAAGCAUUGAUCUGUUUCACCAAAGUCCAGAGCUGAAGUCCACUUCAAUCCAGUCACUGUGGCGCUUGUGUCUUUUUGUCGCACGUUGUAGUUUAUGACUUGAUCACACAACACAACCUACUGCUGCACACUACGAACGCCCACUAAAAUCAAGUCUUUUUGAUCUCGAGCCUAAAGCAAAAAGCCUGUUCCACAGAUGGUUUUUAAAGUGGUUUUCUAUCUAUUUGCUUUAAAAAGAGAGAUCAGUAACAUUAUUUUUCUUGAGGAAAAUUGUUUUUAUUUCCCACUCCAUUUUCAGCUUUGCAAUAUUUUCAUUUAAAUGUGGAGGAAAUUUUUGUAUUUUGAUUUGAUUUUUAACUUGUGUCUUUUCACAGAUUUUAAAGUUAUCCUUUAGAGUUUUUUUCUAGUUUAUUUACUAUUUUUCCUCACUUAACAACUAUACUGUUCUUGAUUUAAGGAAAAAAAAUGUCAGUUUUCUGAGCUUUUUGCAUUUUUGUUAUUACUGAAUGAGCCGUCAAUAAGAAAUGUUUUAGGAGUUUUUUUAGGUAAACAAACCCAAGUUUUUAUGGCUAAAUUAAAGGUCAGCUGACACUGUAAAUAAAUAACAAUAAAACAUGUUGCAUUUUGUUUUUUGUUUUUUUCAUUUUUUUGUUUUCCCAAACAGAAGAAAAGGAUGGGAUUAUCAUUGUUUUGGAUUCUGGAGAUUUUUUCAGGAAAAACGUCACAUUGCCUUACUUUAGUCUUGAUGUUUGUGUGUCCGUUAAAUGUUAAACAUUUUGAAGGGACAAGUUGGACACUCCUUUUAGCUUUGGUUGUUCUCUGUUAUCACUUUUUUCUUAUUAUUCCUGUUAAAAGUGAACCAGAAUUUUGACAGGCUUAUUUAAAAACUCUAAUCUGCACAAACAUUAAAAUGACGCUGGAGUUCUGAAGUAAUAGUGCACACAGAGACUAGUUGGCCAAAAGUCUUUAUACUCUUCUUUUGUUGUAUAUUUGCUUUAUUCUGUAGGAAAGGAAAUUCUCAGAUUACUUCACCACAGACUGAUAAAGUUCACGAUCAAUUUGACAAAAAUGAUCGCCUUCUACACGGUGAAUCGCAGAUUGAUUGAGAUUUAUUUCAUGUUUUGAUUUGAAAACUCCAUAAUUUUAAAGUUUUGGGUUUGUCAGCUGUGUAUAUAAAAAACAAAUCCUAACAAUAAAAUUAAAAAAACUUCAAAUCAUUUGUACUGUACCUUUGUUUGAUCCAAAUGUCUGUUAUAAAUUUCUCACAAAAACAAUAGAUAUUUAUCCUCUGUUAAUGUUUAGAGCAUCUCCCUUAUUUAGAAUGUGCCUGUAGGGAAUCUGAGUGUCAAGAAAAAUGUACAAAGCAGAGCUGAGGAGAUAUUGAAAGCUACAUGCAAGGUGCUUUUAAAUGUCACGGGAAAGAAACUGUUGCCAUCUGUUUAAGUGUUUUCUCUUUGCAAAAGCAUAUUCACCUGUAAUAUUUGACAAAUAAAGCCUGGAAAAUAAAA